UUUUAAUUUCCGAAUAUAUUCGGUUAUUCGAUUGUUUGAAAAAAUUCGAAUAUUUCAAAGUAUAAUGCCUCACAGUCUUUGAAAAGCAAAUCCUAAUUUGAUGCUAAAUUAUAUUUCAAUUAUCGUUGGUUGUGUGUGUGCGACUGAUUUUUAUCCACACUUGAGAUGAAGGGCAAAAAGUGGGAACGAUGCCGCACAGAUAAUAACACAAUGGACGAGUCGGCUAUAGAGGUAAGGUGGAGCAGUCCCAAGAUACCAUAUUCUUGUUGAUAAUGCGAGUGGAGCACGAUAAGGUCGUCAGGCUUUGAGUAAUGUCACAAAAUUUUAGGCCCAGGAAAGCCCUCUAACGACACCUCUGACUGGCCAAAGUAGAAAAACUGAAACACUAACUUUUAAUGAGAGCCUGGAAGUUGCGAGGGCCAUGGGAAGGUCAGUCCACGAUGAGUAUGCUCGAAGAUCUCCUGUAUUUUAAUAUCUCUCCCCUGUUGUCACCUACAUACUGUUGCAAUUGCUCCGCAAGAGGAGGCAACAUUGAGGGAUUUGGAUUUUUCCGGGAAAGAAGUGAUUAGGAAGACGGACCAAAAGUUGGGAGAUAGAUGAAAUCGUGAAUUCCUUCAGACGCAGUGUCGUGACUUUGAUGGCUUUGAUGGACCGUAAACUUGAAGAACGAGUGCUCACGAAGAUAACGUCCUUAGAACAGGAAGUAGAACAGAUGAAGUUUGCACUGCAUUUGCAUGGGCCGAAACGGAGCCAAUCCACAUAUGAAAUUUAUCGUCGCUACACUCACUCCCCAUCGUUCCUGAAUCACCAGCAGUUCACUAGCACGCCGCUGUCUCAGAAUGUGAACUCUUUGUACAAGGAGAUGGGGUUACGUCCCAUGAAUCCAGCAUAUUACAAAAGCCACGACCUCAUUUCCCACCAAAAUCCGGCAAAAUCCAGUAUGAAGAAGAAAAUUGCAAAUAAAGCAAAGGGAGGAAACUCUUCAGGGCAUGGACGUAGACAUUAGUUGUUUCAUACAAUCUACAGACUUUACUUGCAUGGUUUGGUUUUAUUGAGAUGAGAAUAAAUGUGUGUAGCUG